AUGGCGCUUUCGGGUCCACUCUUCACAGAGAUGAAUGACGGAGAGGUACAGCGACACGGUGCAGCCAGUGUUGCCUUUUUGGGAGGCAGUAUUGCCUUCCUGGUCGUCUUCGGCGGCUUAUGGGUGGGAAGCGUCUUGGCAUUUGCUUUGGGAAAACUUUGCUGCAUGAUUAUGCCAGAAGAGCAAGCACCUUGGCAGACCUUGGCGUUGCAGGUAAGCAAAGCCGGUUUCUACGGCGGCUCAAUAGUUUCUUGGUGCGCAGGCAUCAUUGAUAAAGCUGGCAACUUGGAUGCAACAGAUGUUCCUGGAUGUUCCUGGUAUUUCCUCCUUGCGGAGACAGUGCCAGAGGAUGGCAGCUCCUGGCAGCAUUACCUACCCUGCUUUGCCCUGUUGCGCCCUGUUUUGCGGGAAUCUGGCCAAGGUAAUGGUGCAGGCAUCAAGAUUGUUUUCAUGGCACGCAGUUUGCCAAUUCUGCCGGCAGAAGUCUUUGACUAUGCAUGUGCCAUGACCACCUUGGCCGUGCACGAGUAUGCAAUCGGAUGCAUAGGUUCCGCUGUCCCAGUGGCCUUCUGGACCUUUAGCACAGCGCAGGCCUCGAAUCUCGUGGGACCAGAACGGUCUAGGGCAAGUCAUGUCGCACUGAUUCUUUUGAACGUGGGCUGCUUGGUUUUGCUGACCUUUGUCUUGGUGCAUGUCAUCCAAAGUCAUGAACAGGACGCAGCUGAAGAGACCAUUGACAUCGAGUGGCAAGAACAGUGGAUGGAUGCCAAAAUGGAAGUCGCGCACCGUCUUCAAGCGGAAAAUUUGCAAAUCUAUCGCGAAGGUAGAGACUUCACGAUCAGAGACAACUCGAACAAACUGUUGCAGCUGUGGGACGAUCAUGGCAUGGUCCCCUAUCUUCUCCGGAAGUGGGAGAAGAAGCAUGUGCUCACCAAGGAAAACUUCCCACUGAAGGUCCACGUUCACAAGGAGCCGCCGCUGGUCAAUGACUUGAUAGAGCCAGCCAUCCUCGCGGUGAAACGCACCAGUUCCUCCACUACUCCGACUACAGCUGGUUCCCCUGAGCAUCUUUACGCACGUGUUGACAGUAGCGACCAACUGUUGCAGCUGCAGCUCCCCUGA